UUGAGGGGAAGUCUGUGAUCAUGGAAGGAGAAGGCUGGUGCUGGCUGUAUUAAUGACUGCUCCUUGCCCAGGGCUACCUCUAAUCUAACACGAUUUACACUGCAGCCCAGGACGCGAGACCUGGGCCCUGUUUUAUUUCGUUAGCUUAUUCUUCUUUUCAGUAGCCUCUGCAUUUGCAUUGUCCUUUGAUGAGAAGAGGAGAGGGGGCAGCGUGCCUGGCAUGAACCGGACAUGGAUUUGGCUUUGAGACGCCAGAUUGUGCCCCCCCAGCCUGAGAGGUGAGGGGGGCAUGAAGAAGGGGCAUUAGCCACCGCUCUGUCUGCUUUUUUUGAUUGAAGGGUGGCCAUCGCUUGCAGGGUUUUGCAUUCCGCAUGAGGCAGCAGCAGUCGUUCUAUUGCACCUUGUCAUUGUGCUUGCUGCAAGAAGCCUGCUUCUUACUCUGAUCAGCCAUGCUGCCCGGGGUCGGGGUAUUCGGCACCAGUCUUACAUCCAGGGUGAUCAUCCCUUUACUGAAAGACGAAGGAUUCUCGGUGAAGGCUUUAUGGGGAAGGACACAGGAGGAGGCUGAGGAGCUGGCCAAGGAAAUGAAUGUCCCUUUCUAUACCAACCGCAUAGACGACGUGCUCUUACACCAAGACGUGGACCUGGUUUGCAUCAAUCUGCCACCUCCUCUCACCAAGCAGAUCGCCGUCAAAACCCUGGGUAUUGGUAAGAAUGUGAUUUGUGACAGAACAGCAACACCUCUUGAUGCUUUUAGGAUGAUGUCCGCUGCCCAUUACUACCCCAAGCUCAUGAGCAUCAUGGGAAAUGUCCUGCGGUUCCUUCCUGCAUUUGUGAAGAUGAAGCAGAUGAUUCAAGAGGGGUAUGUUGGUGAACUCCAAGUCUGUGAAGUGCAAGUUCACAGUGGCAGCUUGUUGGGGAAAAAGUACAACUGGAGCUGUGAUGAUCUCAUGGGUGGAGGUGGACUGCACUCUGUUGGUAGCUACAUCAUUGACCUAUUAACCUUCUUGACCAACCAGAAAGCAGUAAAGGUCCAUGGGCUCCUCAAGACUUUUGUGAAACAAACAGAUCACAUAAAGGGUAUACGACAGAUAACUAGUGAUGACUUCUGUACAUUUCAAAUGGUUCUGGAGGCAGGUGUAUGCUGCACAGUCACUCUAAACUUUAAUGUUCCAGGAGAAUUCAAACAGGAUAUUAUUGUUGUUGGAUCAGCUGGCAGGCUGAUUGUAACGGGAACAGACCUUUAUGGACAGAGGAACAGUUCAUCUGAACGUGAAUUACUUCUAAAAGACUCCACACCUGUCAGCAACUCCCUUCUACCAGAAAAGGCCUUUAGUGACAUCCCUUCCCCAUAUCUCAGGGGGACCAUUAAGAUGGUGCAGGCUGUGCGACAAGCAUUUGAAGACCAGGAUGACAGGAGAACAUGGGAUGGAAGGCCACUUACAAUGGCUGCAACUUUUGAUGACUGUCUUUAUGCUUUGUGUGUCGUAGACACCAUUAAAAAAUCGAAUCAGACUGGUGAAUGGCAGAAUAUUGUGGUAAUGACAGAGGAGCCAGAGUUAAGCCCCGCGUACCUUAUUAGCGAAGCUAUGCGCAGGAGCAGAAUGUCUUUGUACUGCUAGCUUUCGCAAAACAGGCAAUGAUUAGAAUAAUUAAUAUUUGUGAAUAUGUGUUUGAAAGGUAUUCCAAACAACUACCACCAUAGUGAAUGGUGCAAAUGUAUGAUAAUAUAUGUAUCUUUGUAUAAUUGUGUUAUUUGAAAUGGAAUGGAUUAUUCUCUUUCCAUAGCACAUAAGCUGUGAACUUUUAUUGAAUGUAUUUUACUGGGGUUUAUACCCAUGGAGAUAUAUACAUGCUUUGUAAGUUAAGAAAAAGCUCUCGAUCACUGCAGAUCUACAUGUCAGAAUGGAUUAUUUAUAUAGGAAUGUUGCAAUAUGUGACUUUUUAACACAUCUUGUGCUAUAUUGACCGAGCUCUGGACCAUCCCAGGAUUGAGUUUUCAUGUUUGACAUGGAUUUUCU